UGUAGAAGAUACGAGACGAACUGAAUGGGACGUUUUUAUUAAAUAUAGCUGUAGUUAUGGAUCAUAGCUGUGUUUACUGUUGAUUACAGGGACAUAUGUGUUAUAUUAACAGACCGGACGUGUUUAAAAAGUCUGUCAAAGUUGCUUUUGAGCGAAGGACCCAGAGCUUCACAGAAAUCCGAGGUCACCAGAUCAUCUGAAUCAGCCCCAUCAUCAAUAUCCCUGAAAUGGACAGUGAGGAUGAUCUGGACAUUUUGACUGCGCUGCUGGCCGAGAGCGAGGACGUAGACCAAGACCAGGGCGGUCAGGAGCAGAAGGAUGACUUGGACGCCCUGUUUGAUGAUGACAACGAGGAGGAGGAGUACAAAGAGGGCAUAGAGGAGGAAGAGCGGAAUGCAGGAACGGAGGGCGUGGUGUCAGAUCUCUUUGGAGAUGUGGAUGACAUUGAAAAUGAGGAGAAAGACACUACAGGGAAAUCAGGUGGCGCAGAAGCCAAGUCCAAAAAGGAUUUACAAGAGGAGCUGAGAAAGAUGCAAGAGCAGAUGCAGAGGUUGCAGCAGCAGCUGGAGGUGAGUCAGAAGGUUUCAACCCCAUCAUCCACUCCAGUCAGGACAGCCGGGAGGUCAGCUACUCCCAAACGUAUGACCCCCAAACCAGCCCCUCCCCGACAGCUCACCUCCAAAGUGACUCCGGCUAAAUCAGCAGCUGCCACACAGAAGACACAAGCCGCAACAUCUUCAUCCACUCCAGUCAGAGAAGGAAAAGUGAAGGUCAAAGAGUCCUCUGACUUUUCCGACCAGAUGAAUAACAUCGACUCCUUCAAACGCAAAGCCAGGCUAGCCCACCCAACCAAACCCAGCACAUCACCAGAGGAAAGGGGGCCACUGGUGGAGAUAAAGCUCGGUGGCACCUUCCAGCCUGUGGAGAGCACCAGCAAGGUUUACAAGCCUCUGCGUUCACCUCCGGCCACCAAACCUUCACCGGCUGCAUCCGCGGCAGCCAAACCUUCUUCUCUCCCUGCUCUCCCUAAAGAUGUGGCUAUUGAGAAAUACUCAGGACUGCGGCUCAGAAAACCUCGGGUUUCCUCCAUUGAUAUGGACCGCAGGAUGGGAAACCGCCGUCUGAUCCGUCUGUCGCAGGUGCCUGAGUGUUUGGCUCGGGAGAAGCUGGAGGACAGUGACUGGGUGACGUUUGGAGUACUGGUUAACAAGGCCACACCACAAAGCAGCAGCAGUGGCAAAACCUUCAGCAUCUGGAAGCUGAACGACCUCCACAACCUGGACGUGUUUGUGUCGCUGUUGCUGUUCAGCGACGUCCACAAAGAGCACUGGAAGACAGAGACGGGCACCGUGAUCGGACUCCUCAACCCAAACCCCAUGAAGCAGAAGGAAGGAUACGAUGGGGUCAGCCUGACGGUGGAUCACCAACAGAAGGUGCUGCUGAUGGGUGAAGCUCAAGACUUCGGCAACUGCCAGGCCAUGAAGAAGAACGGAGACCCCUGCUCUCAGAUUGUCAACCUGUUCGAGUGCCAGUUCUGCCACUACCACGUCAAGGCCCAGUAUAAGAAGAUGAGCUCGAAGAGGGCUGAGCUGCAGUCCUCAUUCUCUGGAAAAGCUCCCAACAAGUUCAAAGGGAAAGGCGGCAGCCUGAAGGACCGGCUCUGUCAGGACGGAUUCCACUAUGGUGGCGUUUCCUCGGCCGCCUGCGCUUCGUCAUUAAAGUCGUCCAAGCCCGUCCAGAAAACUCUGGACAAGCUGUUUGUGAAAGGCACGAAUAAGAGCCUCGGCGUGCAGUCCGGUGAAGUUUCAGGUUGUACAAGCGAAUUCAAGAGUCUGAUGUCGAUGCCAACACCGGGAGCUCUGCAGCUGAAGAAGCACUUAGUCCACGGCAGCAAAUCAGUCCCGACAGAUGCGAACGGUGCUCCAGUUCAGUCCAUCACAGCCUCUGACCUGCUGAAGCAGCAGAAACAGAUGCAGCGGGAGCUUCUGCAGAACCGUCGACAAAGAGCGGAAGAGAUCAAGAAAGGGGCGCUGCAGACCUCUGCAGGAGUCAGACCCGGAUCGUCUUCGUCCUCACGGGCCCAAGAUGGUCUGAUGUCCCCGAAAGCUGCUUCUGAGGUCCCCAGAUCCACGCAAAGCCCCGCAGCACCCCGUGCGCCCACCCUGGGCCGAGGCUUCUCUGAGGGUGACGACAUCCUCUUCUUUGAGAACAGCCCCCCUCCGGCCCCUGCAGCCAGCGCUCUGAACCUAUCAGCCGCCAAGCUGGCUGCUCUGAGGAGACUGAGAGGAAAAGGCACGAAGCUUAAAAAGGAAGACCCCAACUCUGUGAAGAGGAAGAGGAGUAACGACGGGGACAUCAGCGCUCGGGUGGAGAAGAAUCUGACCUCACCCCCAGGUGAAUCCUCCGGCACUGAGGAAGAGGAGCCAGCCGAAAAGAAGAAGAGAGAACAGCUCCGCUACAUUGAGUCAGACGAGUUCCAGAAGAUCCUCAACGCCAAAUCUCUCCAUGGGGCGGUGCUACAAGCGGCGGAGUACCAGCUGCAGGAGCGCUACUUUGACGUUCUGGUGAAGAAAGAGCAGAUGGAGGAGAAGAUGAAGGGCGUCAGAGAGAUGAAGUGUCGGGCUGUCAGCUGUAAAAAGUGUAAUUACACCUACUUUAAGCCGGCGGAUCGCUGUGUGGAGGAGAACCACGCCCUGCGGUGGCACGACGCCCUGAAACGUUUCUUCAAAUGUCCGUGUGGACAGAGAGCCAUCGCUCUGGACAGGCUGCCGCACAUACACUGCAGUAACUGUGGUCUGUUCAAAUGGGAGCGUGACGGGAUGCUGAAGGAGAAAAGAGGACCAAAAAUCGCCGGAGAGCUUCUCCAGCCUCGAGGAGAGGAGCAUGGAAAGUUCCUCAACAGCAGAUGAAGUGACUUCAUCUUCAUCCCUGCGGCAACCUGGUAGUCAAGGGAACAGCGUAUACUUGGAUAAUUGUUUGUUUGUUUGUCUUGUGUCUUUCUACAUGACUAUGAAUUUUGUUUUUAAAUAUGUUGAUUAUGGAGAUUUAAAUGUUUGUUAUUAUAUUGACUGGAAAGAAUCUUAUUAAAGUAAGAAUUUGCAUCAGA